CCCUCUCCCUAUCGCUCUCUGUGAAUCUCUUCCUACUCCUCUUCCGCGUCAGACCGUCGGCGCGUCUCUCCCGCACACACACACGCUCUCUCCCUCUCUCUCGCAACUCUUUUGCGCUCAGCCGGUCGCGCAUUCUGUGCGUAAAGAAGCAGUAAAGGAACAGGCUCUCCUUCCUCGAUCCAGUGGACGUUAAGCCAGACGCGCCGUUGGCUGUGGAGUCCCUGUCUCCGUUGGACCUGCGUACCGAUCCGAGGAUGCUGGGGUCAGGCUCUGACCCGGGAAUGUGGGAGAGGCAGCUGCAGCAGGAGCUGCUCCUCAUUCAGAAGCAGCAGCAGAUCCAGAAGCAGCUACUAAUCAGCGAGUUCCAGAAGCAGCACGAGAAGUUGACCCGUCAGCACCAGGCUCAGCUCCAAGAGCACCUCAAGCUGCAGCAUGAACUCCAGGCCAUGAAACAGCAGCAGGAACUUGCAGAGAAGGAGCGUCGUCUUGAGCAGCAGCAGCAGCAGCAGCAGCAGCAGCAGCAGCAUCAGCAGAGCCAGCAGGAGAAGGAGCAGGAGAGGAAUCGGCGGGAGCAGCAUGUUUCCAGCCUGAUCCUCAGGGGAAAGGAGCGCUCCCGAGAGGGGGCGGUUGCAAGUACCGAGGUGAAGCAGAAACUCCAAGAGUUUCUGUUGAGCAAAUCUGCAAAGGACCCUGCAAGCAACGGACUCAAUCAUUCUUUCAUCCACCAGCAAAAACUCUGGUACACGUCCUCUCACCACACAUCUCUGGACCAAAGCUCUCCGCCCCUGGGGGGCACAUCCCCCACCUGCCGGUACACUCUGCCAUCGCCCAUAGAGAGCAAGGACGACUUCCCCUUGAGAAAGACAGCUUCUGAGCCAAACCUGAAGGUACGAUCCAGACUGAAGCAGAAGGUAGCAGAGAGGAGGAGCAGCCCGAUGCUCAAGCGAAGAGACGGACACAUCAUGACACCUUACAAGAAGAGGGCUUUGGAGCUAAUGGACUCCACGCCCACAAACAGUGCCCCCGGCUCCGGCCCGAGCUCUCCCAUAGGGGCCUCCAGUGCCUUGGGGGCUGAAAAUGGACCCUCCUCUCUGCCUACUACCACAAAAACUGAGCGAUGGCCUUCACAGACGAGAUUAUUCCGACCAGAGGGCUCCGUGUCGAUGCUAAGCCUCUACACUUCUCCCUCUUUACCAAACAUCUCCUUGGGGCUUUCAACUGCAUCCUCACCCAUAAGUGCCGCCAUCGGGUUGGGGGACAGAUCAACAGAAAUCAAGCACGGGCUGCCUGGGCACCUGCUGGGCCCUGUGCCCCUUCAGACGGGCCUGGAGUCUAAAGUGAGCCCCAGUCACCAGGCCCUCCUCCAACACCUCCUGCAGAAGGAGCAGAUGAGGCAGCAGAAGAUGCUCUCUGCUGGCCAGGGCACCCUGUCGUCCCACCCUCAGUCCCCUCUGGCCAUGAAGGAUCGCCCCUCCAGCAGUCGGCCGAAAUUACCCAAACACCGGCCCUUGAACAGGACCCAGUCAGCGCCGCUGCCACAGAACACACUGGCCCAACUUGUCAUCCAGCAGCAACACCAGCACUUCCUGGAGAAACAGAAACAGUACCAGCAGCAGAUCCAUAUAAAUAAGCUGCUAUCCAAGUCCAUCGAGCAGUUACGUCAGCCCAGCGCACACCUGCAGGAAUCGGAGGAAGAGCAGGAGGAGCAUCACAGAGAGCUGCCACAGAGCAUGCAGGAGGACAGGCUGCCCCCCGGAGGAGUCAUCCGGAAGCACACGCUGAGCAGCAGCAGCGGCUCGAGCGGCGAGCUCCCCGACGUGCACUACGGGGUCAUCAGGGUCAAGGAGGAGCCGGCUGACAGUGAAGACGAGGCCCUCGCCGCUCAGGGCAUGGAGGCCGAGCAGAGCACGUAUCUCCACCAGGUCAAAGGACGGCUGGUGAUAAGAGCCAUGAUCUGAGAGGGGGGGGGGAGAGGAUGAGAUCACACACUCGCAACAUUCACAGAUAAACCAAGUCUCGACAAAGAUGGGCAUCUACAUCCCUUCAGUUUAGACACACGCACACAGUACACACACACACACACACACACACACACACACACACACACACACACACACAGCAGCCAUUGCACAGUAGGCCAGCUCUCCCUUUCAUGACGUAUGACCCCUCUUCACCCGGCUGCAGCCCGCACUCUAAGACUUUCUAUUUGUGAUUUUUGUGUAGUGGUCUCUGUAAAAUAUGUACGUUUCACUUUUGUGUAUAUAAUAUGAAAACAAUUUAGACCGUUCUUUUUAAGAGCUGCUUUGAUCUUAGAGUCUUCUCAACUGACAAAAAGCUGUGUGUAAAAAAUACUUUAGAUUUAGCAUCAAAGAUGAUUUCUAGAGGGAAUGUCACACAGGUGUACAGCUUUGAAGAGCCGACUCAUGUUCCCAUCGUGUACAUUUUUGCCAUGAAACAUUUGAAUGCUCUUCUAUCCACUUUGAGAGUUAUCAUAGAGUUUGUUAAGGAACUUGACCCACUACACUCGUUUUUUCUCCAUUAUCUGUUAUGAUCUUCCACGUUAAGUGGUCUCUGACUGAAACAGUAAUGAACAUCUGUCGGAGGGAAUGUAUACGUAAAUCCUGAACUCAGGACUCUCCCUUUGGGCAGUCUUUUGCGCUAAGAGCGAUUUUGCCGUUGGAAUAUGGUCCACUGCUCACAUUGAAAUUUGAAGGAUAAAGCAUCAAAUCCCCGCUUGUGUGUGAAGGCAUCUCCAAACACCACCCCUCUCCCUCUCUGUCUCUCUCUCUCUCUUUCGUAGCGGUCCCACAGUCGCCAGGGCUCUGUGUUAAGCCGAGCUCUCCUCCCUCUGGGUCCAAAUCAAAGCUCGGCGGGUUCCUGCCCAGCUUUCAGCAGAGGAGUCAGGCAGAAAGAGAGAGACAGAGAGAGAGAGAGAGAGAGAGAGAGAGAGAGAGAGAGAGAGGGCCGGGCAGGAAAUGCCUCCUAGAAGCCAGGAGUUGGAGUGAUUCAUGUGUGCAGGAAUGUUGAGGGAAGAGGACCUCGGGUUUGAGGAGUCCAAGGGGCCAGGCUUGAGAAUUGAUUUACUGUCAUGGCGAAUUAUAAAGUGAGUGGGGAUAUGGUUAAGGGAGUCCCUUUUAAAGGGAAUCGCUUCCUACGUAUUUCCUCGUGGCAUGCUUACCUCAAACAUGCAGGUCUGACGUUGCCUAAAUAAUAAAAAAAAAUGAAAAAAUAGACAGGACCCUGCUUUUUUUUUCGAGCCUGUUUUCCCCCCCAAAAGUGCCCAUUGCGACUUGUAUAGCCCGUCUUAAAGAGAUCAAUCAAAUGUAUUGCUUAGCCCUAAACCUUCCUGUUUCAUUUGUACCGUCAACUAAAUGUAAAAAAAAAAAAAAUGCUAGUAUGAGGUUCUGUGUUUGGUU